AAGAGAGCGGCGGCGAUGGCGGCGGGGGCUAGGAGCAGGGUGGCGUUCGUGCUGGUGGACGGGAUCGGGGACGUGACCAUCCCGUCGCUGGGGGGGCGGACGCCGCUGGAGGCGGCGGCGGCGCCGCAGCUGGACGCGGUGGCGUCGGCCGGGGUGGUCGGCCUCAUGGACCCCGUGGAGCCGGGGCUCGCCUGCGGCAGCGACACGGCGCACCUCUCCCUCCUGGGGUAUGACCCGCGGGUGUACUACCGCGGCCGCGGCGCGUUCGAGUCCAUGGGCGCCGGCCUGGCCAUGGCCCCCGGCGACAUCGCCUUCAAGUCGAACUUUGCUACACUGGAUGAAAGCACGGGGGUUAUCGUCAGCAGGAGGGCGGAUAGGCACUUCGAGGAGGAAGGCCCAAUCCUCUGUGCUGCAUUAGAUGGGAUGACGCUCCCAUCGUUUCCCGGAUACGAAGUGAGAGUCAGGUACGCUACUGAGCAUAGAUGUGGUGUGGUUGUGAAAGGGCCAAGGCUGAGCGGAAACAUUUCCGGAACUGACCCGUUGAAGGACAACCGCUUGCAUCUCAAGGCUCAACCUUUGGACGAUUCAGAAGAAGCUAAAAACACCGCGGAUGUGGUUAAUGAGCUUUCUAAGGAGAUCACACGUAUACUGGUUUCUCAACCCAUCAAUGCGAAGCGUGCAGCUGAGGGGAAGAAUAUUGCUAAUGUUGUGCUAUUGCGAGGCUGUGGUAUUAGGAUUGAGGUACCUCCCUUUGAAACCAAGCAUGGACUCGCACCAUGCAUGGUAGCUCCUACCAAGAUCAUAGCCGGGCUGGGGCUGUCGUUGGGCAUUGAUAUCCUUGAAGCACCUGGAGCAACCGGAGAUUAUCGAACUCUCUUAACUUCCAAGGCAAAAGCUAUAGCCAAGGCACUCUCUGCUCCUCUGGACACACCACCUCGUGUUUUUGUGCCUGGAGAGGAUGAAUAUAAAGGCGGUAGAGAAAAUGGAUACGACUUUGGGUUCUUGCACAUCAAGGCUAUUGACGAUGCUGGCCAUGACAAGGCUGUCAAAUUAAAGGUGCGAGGUCUGGAAGCUGUCGACCGGGCUAUUGGUCAGCUUGCAAGGCUCCUGUGGGAAGCUGAGAAGUCAGGGCACUACCAAUACUUCCUCUGCGUCACUGGAGACCACUCUACUCCUGUUGAGUACGGUGACCAUAGCUUCGAACCUGUCCCGUUUGCUAUAUGCCGGCUGAGAGAUUUUGUGGGAGCCAUUGGGGAGGACAAUGUAAUGAACACCCCCCUUGAUGAUUUCCCGCUGCCUUCGGUUAAAUCUGGAGAAGAUUUAACUGAUAGUUCAGAACCAGCAGAAUGCAAGCCUGCUGAGUGUAAAGCUUUUAGCGGCGAUACUGUGUGCGAGUACACGGAGAUUGCUGCUGCGAGGGGCUGCCUUGGGCGAUUCCCUGGAAGUGAGAUGAUGGGCAUCAUCAAGAAGUUCAUGAAAGCAAAGAACGACUAACGCCGGAUCAAGUGCUAACAUUGUACUGUUUAAUCUUUUGACAUUGGAGCUUUGUAAUAAUGACAAACAUAGCAGAACCAGCGUUAUCUGAUAUGAAUAAGAGCUACCAUGGUUUCUAAACUGCAUGAAAGGCAUAAUGACCUGCUUCUUGGAA